AUGUCUCACGAAAAUGUUGGUUCUAGAUCAUCGCAGGUGGGAGUUGAUCUUUUCAAGACCCCCGUCCACAAAAGGUCACCUGGGUUUCCUCGUCGUGAACAGUUGUCGCAGGGGGGCACUGGAAGCAUGGUUAAGCGGAUGCUUCCCGUCAAAACUGGAAUCUUCAAAGGUAUUAUGAAUACCUACGCUCUUGCUGGGAAGUAUAUUCUGAUAGAACUCGCUCUGGAGUGGGUUCCGCAACCCAAUCAGAUCCAAUUCUCCAUUGACGACGAUGUCUCGACGGUUGAAGCGGACCUGAACAACAACACUACAGUGACUAACGCUAUUAUUCGAGCCUUCGAAAACGGCAAAGUCACAUUGUCUUCGUCAGCCACCAUAGCACCUAUCACCAAGGGGGUCACUUGGAAAAUCACAGAUCCAUCGUCAGGCAUGUCAUUCUAUGCCUACAUCACCAACGUUGGCGGCGCGAACUCAAUGAUUUCCGUGUAUCAAUACGUCGUGCACCGUCUGAUGGUUGCCACCAACCACCCCAUCACCCCGGUGACAGUUAUCUCUGCAGGUAACAUUAGUGAUAGGAUCGAUGGCCCGAUCCUGAAGGAACUCAUAGCAGAGAAUAUUGAUCGAAACUUGAAGGAAUUCAACUUCGUGUUCGCCACUGUCGAUGUUGUGACCCAGCUCGUUGACACAGAUGUCUGGGCAUGGCUGCAGCCUACGAGCAACGGGUAUGCUGUUGUCGAACCUCUUGAGAACCCGACCAACGACAACUGUACCUUUGCGAUCCUGUCUAUGGUGAACAACCGCCCAAACCCGAAAGCGACAUUACAGGUGGAUGUGAAUGCUAUUGCCAAGGACUGUGCUAGCAGUUUGCUCAUAUCUCCCUACAUGUUUCUCAAAUAUAUGCUGGCUCCAGGAGUUUCCGGCAUUUUCCAAGGAAGCAGCAAAACCGACUUUACCAUUGACGAGUCAAACUUAUCGGUUACCAACAGCAGCAAACUUACAUGGGCUAAUGUUGAGCUGUAG